CAAGAGACGCGGUAGCGGCUCAGACAAGUUUAUGUCUUUUUUUUUUUUACACCAAAGGUGCUUUUGGUGGGAUACAUACAUACUUCCAUGAAACAUUGGUACUGGGCCUUCAGUAGGUACUUGGCGCGAGCUUCGACCGAGUCUCUUGGUCGUGGUGACGCGGAAAUGCUGUAACCGUGUUCUUCGUUUUUCGGAAAAUUGUCGUAAAAUAUGUGAGACGUUAGUAGACUGGUGAAUUUUUAAACAGUAUGGAAGAAAAUAAUGCUGCGAAGAUGUCCGUAGAGAAGGACAUCUUCGAAGAAGACGAGGCUCAACUCCCACAGGACCUCGAGAUUGACGUUGUUCAAGAAGUUCUCAAAACUGGCACAGAUUUACGCCAAUACUCGAAACAAAUUGAAAAAGAACUCAAAGAAGUUGAGAACAAAUCUAUCCAAGAUUAUAUCAAGGAAAGUCAAAACAUUGCGAGUCUCCACAAACAGAUUACAGCUUGUGACAAUAUCUUGGAGAAAAUGGAGUCGAUGUUGAUGAGUUUUCAAUCCGAUCUUGGGAGUAUCAGUUCGGAGAUCCUGUACUUACAACGUAAAUCUGUUGCUAUGAGUCAGCAACUGUCUAAUCGUCAAGCAAUCCGGGCACCACUCAGCCAAUUCAUUGAAGAUAUGACUGUCUCCGAAGCACUUAUUGCUGGAAUCAUGGACUGUCCAGUAACGGAAAAGGAAUUUUUGACGCAACUGCAAACAUUGAAUCAUAAAAUCAAUUUUGUUAAAGAGCAAAGUUUUAAAGAAGCAAAAUCCUGUCACGAUGUGAAAGACAUUUUAGAGAGAUUGAAAGUCAAGGCAAUGUCAAAGAUCAGGACUUAUUUGCUCGAGCAGAUCUAUAAAUUCCGCAAACCUAUGACAAACUAUCAGGUUCCUCAAAAUAACAUGCUCAAAUACAAGUUUUUCUUUGAGUUUGUUCUGGCAAAUGAGAGGAACGUAGCCGAAGAGAUUUGCGGAGAGUACAUUGACACCAUGAGCAAGAUAUAUUAUUCCUACUUCAAGUCUUAUUCGUCGCGACUCACGAAACUGCAGUUUGAAGAGGGAGCAACAAAAGAUGACUUGAUGGGCGUUGAAGAUACAGCCGGUAGAGGACUUUUCCAUAAGACGCCGUUAAAACAUAGAGGAACAGUAUUUUCGAUAGGCACUCGUGGAGAAGUUUUAAGUUCGCAACUAGAAGCACCCAUUAUCGUACCCCAUACCGCUUCGAAGACUCGGUACCAUUACGAAGCACUGUUUAGAAGUGAACAGUAUGCCCUGGUCGAUAAUGCAUGUCGAGAAUAUCUUUUCCUUACGGAAUUUUUCAAAGUUCGUGGUUCCCAGGCAAUGGAAAUUUUCAACCAAGUUAUGGGAAAGACGUUAGGCCAUCUGCUGAAGAACGUGCAAUCCUUUGUCGACGACUGCUACGACACGAUAGCCCUUUUCCUCUGUUUACAUCUUGUGAUGCGAUAUCAACUAAUGUGCCACAAAAGAGCAGUUCCUGCAUUAGACAAAUAUUGGGAUAAUCUUACUUCCGCUAUAUGGCCUAGGUUUGAGUAUGUGUUUCAAUUAAAUAUUCAGAGCAUAAAGGAAUGCGAUCCUAUGAAGUUCAACAGGGAAAUGGGUCCUCAUUAUAUCACUAGACGUUACGCGGAAUUCAGUGCAGCGAUGAUUGGAGUAGGCGAAGGUUUCCCUUGCGAAGGAGCUACCCAACUUCUAGCAGAACUGCGAGAAGCCGUGCAGUGUUUCCUAUUACGGAUGGCUGCAAUAUUUCCCCACAGAACUCAGCAGUUGGUCUUCCUUAUCAACAAUUAUGACCUGAUUCUCGGUGUUCUCAUGGAAAGAACUCGGGACAACUCGAAGGAAGCCGAAAGCUUUCGAGAGCAGUUAAAUGCAAGGUCUUCGGAGUACGUGGAAGAAAUUCUGAGUCCCCAUUUUGGUGGGAUCAUACAAUUGGUGAAAGAGUCCGAGACAUCGAUGGAGAAAGGUCAGUCGGAGGAUUCAAAAAGGUACGAAGGGAAAGCAUUAACUUUGGUGCAAUCUUUUACGAACACAUGGAAGAGAGCUCUCGAAGAGAUCAACCGAGAAGUACUCCGAUCCUUUCCUAGUUUAGUUUUGGGUGCUGCAUUAGUCCAACGAGCCAUGACUCAAUUAGUUCAGUACUAUCACAGAUUGCAUAAAAUCUUACCACCAAACGCCAGAGCACAACUGACCAAUAUUCACCACAUUAUGGUGGAGAUUAAAAAGUACAAAACGAAUUAUUAAAACCGUUGGUAAGGUCGGGAAGUAUACAAAUAUUUUAUAGAACUAGCUCUAGAGGUAGCUCUUCCUCGGUUAAUUAUUAUUCAAUGUUUUUAAUGCUUUGGUAUUGGAACCCUAUUCGUCAUUGAACAUAUCUUUGAUAUCGCAAUUCUAUACAUCGAGUUAAAUGCAACUACUUAUUCAACGGAAAGUUUAAAGUGCUUAGUCAUUUUAAACAAAUAUUGAAUAUUGACGCUAUAUAAGCUAAAUUGCUUGUUAUUUAACAGCCACAAUAUGCAAUGAACAACGGAGUGGAACUUUGUGAGUUUAAUUAAUGAUCUGUACGCUUUUAUCCCAUUUACGGUACCAACUCUUCUUUUUAAUCUUCUUGGCAAAUUAUAAAUAGAAGACAGGAGUUAAUCUCUAAUAGUAAGAAUUUCGGUUAAUCAUUGAUAAGAUGUGCUUGGCGGCUAUUUUUAAUCCUUACUUUUCCAGAACAAAUUGUUUGGGCGAGAUAUCUCGAAAUUUAAUCGGCGUGGCGUAAAUAGAGUCGGCAGAAGUUGGAAAAAUUCUGUACAUAUCUAUUUAUAAAAUACUAUGAACUACGAUAUAAGUCACUAUACACGGAGUUGCAAUAUCUAAUCUAUACAAUAAUGCUUAAACCCAUGUGUAAUAUGUGCGCGCUUGUAUGCACGAUCCUCGGUAUAUAAUAUAAAUUAGUAUUUGCUGAA